AUGGAGUCGGUGAAGUCAUCGACGAGAAGUGCAGACAGCAUCGUGGCCACACCGGAGCAAGAUGAUACGAUGCAAAGUUUCCCCCCACCAGUGGUUGCAGCAGCUCUUCCAUUGCCACUGCCGUCGAUCAAGAAGCCUCGCAAGCUUACACCCCUCGAGAAAAAAGAGCGCGAUCGCCUGCGUAUGAAGGAGCAAUCCCAACGGCGCAAGCAAGCGGUCAAGGAUCACUACGACCAAGCAAAGCGGUUCGCUCAAGCGAAGAUGUCAGCUUCAACUUGGCACCAGCAGGAGAGAAUGGAGGAAGAGCUAGUACUUCGACGUUUGGAGCGUGAUGUGGUUGACGCUCAGCGCUCUCACCCUGCGGCUGCGGGGUAUACUUUUGAUCGUGCUGCACAAACCGCUGCAACAGUCUCUCCGGUGUUUAUCUCGUUCUCGCACGCACUGUGCCCUCCAUCGCAAGCAUCACGUCUCCAGCUCAAGUCGCGCUUGGGACUUCAACGAACCACCAACAUACCGACUGAAGCGGAGUAUCUCCAUCCGGCUUGUCAUGGAUAUGCCAUGUCAAGACACGACGACAGCAGCUGCAUUUCACCCGUAUUCUUCUUGACAGGAUUCGCCAAGAUCCCUCUGGACAAAGUCGUUAUGAAACAAGACGAUGUUGACUCCGACGAGUCCGACGAAGAGGAUGAUCAAGCUGGCAACAGCUCAUCGAUGUGCUUAGUUUGCAGGAAAACUACGACCACAGCUGGAUGCCCCGGAUGCUUUACGUUUUCCAGCAAGAAAUAUCUCGAGGUGGAGGCGUUCAAAGCAACUCAGCGGAUCAAGACACCGAUGACAGCCCUUCAAGAGCAGGAAGUGCUACGCGCGCGCCACAAGGCUCUACAGAGGCAGAUCAUCAUCCCACCUUUGCUACCUAAACUUCACCAGUCACUCCCAGAUGUGUUUGCUCAGCAAACCAAUGCGCAGGAGGAUGACAACAGCUUCUACUCAAGUGUUCUUCCUGACUUCCGAGCGAUUCGCAAGCAUCGAGCUCUCUCGAACAAGUUUAUCACACUACACGUCAAGAGUUUACCCGUGGGCCAGUUGAUUUCCUUGCGUGUAGACCUCAAAAGCUCGGUGUCGUAUCUGUACGAGCUUUAUCGUGCGAACACAGAGCUACCCAACCGACCUCUGCACCUGCUGCUGCCAACGACGCACGGCUUGUUCUACCUCGAUGAGCACAUCGCAUCAGCGACGUACACUCGAAACGGAAUCGUCAACGGCGAGCUUCUACUUGAAGAUUUCAACCUGCAGAAGUCCACACCUCCUUCACGAAGUGAUCGUGCCAGUACUACCGACGAUAGUACGAGCAGCAGCGAGUUCCUACUCUUCGCAGUGGCGAUUCUACACCCUCAAAGCACCUCGCAGCUCAUACUAAACUACGUGCAGCAGAAUUUCCACUUCAAGCCACCGGAGAAUCGCUCUUUAACCCCGUUAGUGAUAUCGAUGGACAGCAGCAAUGACCGUGGCGGUUUGCCUCCAUGGACUCGACUUGUUCCAGCCACCUUCUUACUCCCCAAGGCUGUCGACCAGGACCCGUUUCAACUGCAGAUUCGACCGCACAUCCACGCAAUGCACGUGUUCGCCAAGACAAACUACGCGAUCGUCGCUGCAGAACAACGUGAAGAGCGCGAGCGGCUGCUGCUACUUGCUCACCAAGAAGCUAAGGCCGCCAAGCUCGCACUGAAGAAGAAGCUUCGCGAUCAACAAACCCCUUCCGUCUCGAACAAGGUGAGGCGUGCGUUGACGUACUUCGAGUUCGUCUGCGAGAGCACGAGCAACCCACGCCAGCCUCGAGUCGCUGAGGAGCGUCUGGGCAAGCUCUGGCAGCUCAUGCAGUUGUUGGAAGAGUGGAAGAUCAUGAAAGGCGGUCGCUUGAUGGACGCCGAGCGCUCGGACGUGAUGCUGUCGCUGUUGCAAGAGCUCAAGGAGACUGCAGCCUCAGCUUUCAACCAGAUGCUGCACGGCGCCAGGAGUCUCAAGACCGACAAAGGCGGAGGCACAUUGCCGUACCCUGUACUGUGUCUUGAUGGUGGUGGGUCGACGAGGAAGCUCGUCUUGAGGCUGGGCACACGGAUGGACGUCACACAGCAAGACGACUACGACUACGGCAUGGUGCUCGAUCUGGACCAAGACUUCGACACGUUGGAGAGAGCCGAGCCCCGGAUGAUGAAGCGAGGCUACACCAAACGAGCCGUCGCUGGCCAAGAACCACAAGACAACCAGCAGCAACAAGCGGUUGAGACUUGGGCGGACGUGGAGUGGCGAGCCAAGGGCAAAGGGUCCUCCACCAUGGCGCUGCUAGUCUCAAGCUCCGACCUCCUGUCGCCUCCGUUCCACCGCAUCAAGUGGACGCUGAUCGUCAAGGCUUACAAGCUGGUGCUAAAGCGCGUGGCCUUCGUCAGCUCCAAGCUGGACGAGUUCAACGCCUUAGCCAAGGUGCUGCAGAGUCCAGAGGCUGUGCUCAGCAAGACUCAGCUCACCAAGUGGCAGGCCGACAUCGACGCCUUCCUCGCCACCUUGCACGAGAGCACGGCCAUGGCGCGCGCCGUGCAGCGCGUGCUCAGCAAGAAAGGGGUAGCAGUACUGAAGCGACGGGCGCAGGCUCGACGCAAGCAACUGCGCGACCGCGAGAAGGAGUUGGAGCGGCUGAAGGAGCUGCAGCUCGAGCGCGAGCGGCCGAAACUGACGCUCGCGCAGCAGCUCAAGGUCUCGUUCAUCAAGGAGCGCGCCCCGAAGCUGCGCGAGGCGCUGGAGCUCACCCCGGCGGAGAAGCUGGGCGCCAAGGCCGGCGAGAUACUGGGCAAGGCGGCGUCCAGCGUGGCCAAAGCCGCCCGCAAGGCCAAGAAGGAGUACGCGGUGCGCACGCUGUGA